UCUUCUUUCUCCUCUACCACGUCUUCCUCCUAUUCCUCCUCCUCCUCCUCCUCCUCCUCCUCCACUGUUGAUUCUUCUUCUUCGUCCUCCUCCUUCUCCUCCUCCUCCUCCUCUUCUUCUUCUUUUUCUUCUUCUUCUUCUUCUUCUUCUUCUUCUUCUUCUUCUUCUUCUUCUUCUUCUUCUUCUUCUUCUUCUUCUUCUUCUUCUUCUUCUUCUUCUUCUUCUUCUUCUUCUUCUUCUUCUUCUUCUUCUUCUUCUUCUUCCUCCUCCUCCUCCUCCUCCUCCUCCUCCUCCUCCUCCUCCUCCUCCUCCUCCUCCUCCUCCUCCUCCUCCUCCUCAUCCUCCUCCUCCUCCUCCUCAUCCUCCUCCUCCUCCUCCUCCUUCUCCUCCUCCUCUAGUUCUCUUUCCUCCUCCUCCUCCUCCUCCUCCUCCUCCUCCUCCUCCUCCUCCUCCUCCUCCUCCUCCUCCUCCUCCUCCUCCUCCUCCUCCUCCUCCUCCUCCUCCUCCUCCUCCUCCUCCUUCUCCUCUUCUUUCUUAACUGGCUUUGCUUUCUCCUAUACGCCCUCCUCUCUCUGCCAACUGGAUAUGGACACAUCUCGCCUCGUCACAGUUAUAUUACAAGCCCCUCGCAGCACCUGGCUUUGCUUAGUUGCUGCUGCUGCUCCUCCAUGCUGCUCCCACAGGCUUGCCCGUAGUGUUGUUGGUGGCGCUGUUAUGUGUCUGGCAGCUUACGCGAACUGCAAGACGUGA